UAAUCUUACUGUUAUGUAUGCAUGUUUGUGUGUGUGGCUGCGCCCACCUUAACAGUUACCGCUACAAUAAACCAGUGCGAUUAGAGCAGCCCGUGGUUUCACUCGUGUCCUCGUACUCCUCACUGGCGACGAAUCGGUUAAAUCCCACGUGUUUCGCGAUAAAAUAAGAUGUCUGGUGCUAAUUUCGGUGUGUUGGAUACCUUUGAUCAUAACGUUCAAAGUUGGAACAGCUACAAAGGCCGAUUACAACAGUAUUUUAUCGCAAACGAUAUAGAUAAUGCGAAAGAUGCGACGGGAAUAAAAAGACGGGCCAUCUUACUAACGGCACUCAAGGAAGAAACGUACAAGCUCACAGCUGAUUUAGUCUUGCCAAAGCAACUGGACAGCGUGCCUUAUGAAGAUAUUAUAAAACUUCUGGAUAACCAUUUCACACCCAAGCGGGUUGGAUUCGGCGAGCGCCACAAAUUCUACGCCGCGGUGCAGCAGGCCGGUGAGACCCAUACACAAUGGGCCGCACGGCUACGCGGACUCACCGCUUAUUGUAGUUUCAGCAACGUGGAAGAGGCAUUACGCGAUCGGUUUAUCAUGGGUUUGCUUCCAGGCCUUGAAAAGGAAAAAUUGUAUGCGCAAAACAUCUCCGAGUUGACGCUAGCGAAAGCGGUCGAAUUUGCCGAAAAUAUUCGCUGUGCGCGCGCCGGGGCCACUGCAGCUGGCAUUACGCCUUCGUCGGGCGACGUUUACAAAAUCGCGUCAAAUAAACAACAAAAUAAGUCUGACGGGAAAGUGAAGUGUUCAACAUGCGGCUAUACUAAUCAUAAAGUGUCGGAGUGUCGGUUCACUAAUUACGUAUGCAAAAAGUGCAAAGUGAAGGGUCAUUUAGGUAGAAUGUGCCCUAGUGUUAAAUAUUUGGAUAUGAAUUACGAUGGCGAGGACGACGACGGUAAGUUGUACAAUAUUCGUUCUGUUAAGGGGAAACCCAUGGUCGAAACAGUUUCUAUUCAGGGCAAAGACAUUCAAUUUGAAGUAGAUACGGGGGCUGCCGUUUCUGUGAUAUCCCCAAGUUUUUAUAAAACGCAUUUCAAUAACAUUCCAUUGUCACCUGCAAAUAAAGGCCUGCAUGGAUAUGCGAGUUAUAAAUUACAGUGCGCGGGUAUGCUGCAGUUGCCGAUCACGUAUUGUGGUGCUACCCAUACGUUGGAUAUAUAUGUCGUAUGUAACGGUUCGGCUCCGCUGCUGGGCAGAGAUUUUAUUUCUAAGUUUAAUUUGGAAUUGGCCCCUAUUUAUUGCAACAAUAUUAAUGCCGUUGAACAAAAUUUCCCACAGCUGUUUUCGGACAACUUAGGGUGUUUCAAUAAAUAUCAGGUUAAAUUAACUUUAAAAGAAGGUUCUAAGCCUAUAUUUUUUAAAGCACGCCCUGUAGCUUUCGCCUUGCGGGAUAAACUAAGUAAAGAAAUCGAUAGGUUGGUCGAUUUAAACGUCCUUGUUCCCGUAGAACAUUCAGAGUACGCUUCUCCAAUUGUACCCGUACUAAAGCGUAAUGGUUCCGUACGAUUGUGCGCGGACUACUCAGUUAGUAUUAACAAGCAAUUAGUCAUUGAACAAUAUCCCUUGCCGACUGCUAACGAGUUAUUUGCGAAGUUACAUGGUGGACAGAAGUUUUCUAAACUAGAUUUAUCCAUGGCUUACAAUCAGCUGAUGUUAUGCGAGGAAUCUCAGAAUUUAACUUGUAUAAAUACGCAUCGCGGAUUAUUUAAAUAUACUCGUUUAAUUUUUGGGCUUAGUAGUGCUCCGGCAAUUUUCCAACGAGCAAUGGACGAACUACUCGCGGGUAUGGAGGGCGUGCUGUGCCUGCUAGAUGACGUGCUGGUCACGGGUCGAGACGACCAGGAACACGUGGCCAGGUUAGUUAGUGUCUUACAGAGGUUACAGGACGCAGGCCUAACCUUACAAAAGGAAAAAUGUGAAUUUUUUAAGAGUGAAGUUAGCUACCUAGGCUAUGUAAUUAACAAAGACGGGUUGAAAAAAUCUGCUGAUAAAGUAAAAGCGAUUGUUAACGCACCUGUACCUGACAGUGUUAAUCAACUUCAAUCUUUUUUAGGGUGGGUUAAUUAUUACAGAAAUUUUGUUCCCAGUGCGUCAAGCAUUUUAAGCCCCUUGUAUGAUCUGCUAAAGAAGGGAGUUAAAUGGACUUGGACCACCGUUCACAAAGAGGCUUUUAAUAAAAUCAAAACAUGUCUUGCGUCCGAUCAAGUGCUGGCGCAUUACAAUCCUGAAGCCCAGUUAGUUUUGACAGCUGACGCGUCACCGCACGGACUAGGUUGUAUCUUGUCGCUAAUUGAUUCGGAUGGCCAGGAAAGACCUAUUUCCUAUGCGUCACGCACCCUGAAUGCCGCUGAGAAGCGAUAUUCUCAAAUUCAAAAGGAAGCCACUGCCCUCGUCUUUGCAGUACGUAGGUUUCAUCAGUACCUGUACGGUAGGUCCAAACCCUUCAUACUACGAACCGAUCACAAACCUUUAAUCUCGAUAUUUGGACCGCACCGGGGAAUACCGGAAGUCUCCGCGAAUCGCCUACAGAGAUAUGCUAUUUUCCUAAGUAGUUACAACUACAAAAUAGAAUUCGUUCGUAGUGCAGACAAUAGCGCGGAUUACUUGUCUCGGGCUUGCGCGCCAGAAGGGGACGGGCGGGGGAGCGCGGGGGCAGCAGAUACGUGCUGCGAGCCCGGCGCCGCCGCCGCUGCCGCCGCCGCAGAAACGAGCGAGCGUGCAGCAUAUGUGUGUUUCGUGGUAGAAGGUAGCUUGCCAGUGACACUACAAGAAUUACGCGACGAAACACGCAAAGAUGUAACUUUGUGUCAGGUAAUUAAAUAUACGCAGGAAGGGUGGCCUAAGAAAAUAGAUAAUUUAAAAUUAAAGCCAUUCCAUUUAUGUAAUACACAGCUGUCAGUGGAAAAUGGAUGCUUAAUGCGUGGGCAUAAGGUCGUCAUUCCUGAGAAUUUACGGUACAAAGUUUUAUCGGAAUUACACGCUUCUCAUUUAGGGAUCGUGAAAACUAAGGCGGAAGCCCGUUCACGGUUCUGGUUCCCAGGAAUAGACGAAGCUAUCGAAAUGUUAAUAGGUACUUGCGACAUAUGUAUCCAACUACGGCCGGCACCAGCGCGCGCGCCACUCGCGCAUUGGAAAUUCCCGCCACAGGCAUUUUUCCGAUUACAUAUAGAUUUUUGUGGCCCAAUAAACGGUCGAUCAUACUUAGUGAUAGUUGACGCUUAUACCAAAUGGGUGGAAGUGUUUGACAUGAAUAGUUCAACCACUUCCACCGCUGUCAUAGAAAAGCUAUACGAAUACAUGUCUAGAUAUGGCCUGCCUCACACUAUAGUAAGUGACAAUGGAACGGCUUUUUGUUCACAGCAAUUUGUUGAUUUCUGUUCGUUAAAUGGUAUAUCACAUGUGACGUCACCCGCCUACCAUGCACCUAGCAACGGACAGGCCGAGAGUUACGUCAAAGUAUUUAAAAGGGGAUUAAAAUCUUGUUUACUUUCGAGCACCAGUGUAAAAGAUAACAAAAUUAAAUUACUUAAAUAUAUGUUCGAUUAUAGAAAUUCCAUACACUCGACCACAGGGUUUUCGCCUGCACAGCUUGUUUAUGGUCGAAAAUUAAGAUCUCGACUUGAUUUGCUGAAUCCCGCUAUCUUGCCGCCGUCGUCAUCGUCUAUCGCCUUAUCUGAUGUCGUUGCAAAAAAACAGUCCUUGCAGAAUAAUAAACAAACCAGAAAAAGUAAACCAGUUUUUAAGCAAGGUGAUGUAGUAUUAUAUAAACAGUUUAAGGGCAAUAAUAAGUGUGCUUGGGGUAAAGGGAUAGUUGUUAAGAAAAUAGGACGAGUUUUAUAUAAAAUAAAAGACAUUUCUUCUAAUUUAAUGGUAAAAAGGCAUACAAAUCAACUUAUGCCACUGAAAGGGACGAUUACCAAUCGGAAUGCAAAUGAAUAUGACGACAUAUCUGUAACGCCUGUACCGAUGUCGAGACACGUCGAUACGCCACCGCCAGCGCCGUCGCCUCCGCCGCCGCCAUCGUCGCCGCCGCCACUUCCGCCGUCGCAGCCUUCGCCGCCUCCUCCGCUAGCGCCGCCGCUGCCGCCUUCAUCGACAAGUGAGAUCCUAGAUACUAGGCCGGUUUCACCGCCACUUGACGACGAAAACGAGGCGCCAUCUGCGAGUACACCGUGUAACUCACCAUCACCUCCGACGGUUCGUCAGACAGGAAGCCCAUCAUAUUUCUAUAUGGGGGAAAAAAAGGAUGAUCGAAGACCAGAGACUGUCGCCCGAGCAAGGCAACAUGAGCAUCCGGCUCCAGCGAUUGCCGCUACCUCGGACGAGGAUGAUUUCCAAGAGGCGAUCGAGGAACCUAGACCAGGCGAGCCUCUUAGGGACCCACCACCAGUGGUGAACCCCAGAACAAGAUUGCGUAACCGUCCCAAGGUCAAUUAUAAAAUAUAGUUCACUAUAAUAUAGUUAUUUAGAGAUAGUACUUAUACUAGGGGAAGGGAAUGUUAUGUAUGCAUGUUUGUGUGUGUGGCUGCGCCCACCUUAACAGUUACCGCUACAAUAAACCAGUGCGAUUAGAGCAGCCCGUGGUUUCACUCGUGUCCUCGUACUCCUCACU